GAAGAAGCCGAAGCGCCCUCGGGCCCGCCCGAUUCUUUCCAGAAGGUCCCGAAGGGUCCCGAACCGCCCCUUCCGGAGACCCCCCCCCGUGCCCCUCCCCCCCUCCCUUCCGGAGAUCCCCGAAGCGAUUCCGGAGUUUCCGGAAGCGGUUCCCAAGCGGCGCCGGCGCCCCCCGAGGCCGUUCCGCCACCCCCCGAAACGGUUCCGAAGCAGUUCCGGAAGUUGCCAGGCCACUCCGGAGUUUGCCGAGGGAUUCCGAAGCCGUGCGGAGGUUCUCGAAGCGAUUCCAGAGACCCACGAAGCGGCCCCGGAGAUUGCCCAGCGGCUCCGAAGCGGUUCCGGAGCGUCCCGAUCCUCCUCCCCCUUUCCGAAGAUCUCCGGAAGGUUUCGAGCGGCUCCGGACACCCCCGAGACCGUUCCGCAAAGCCCCGAAGCGGUUCCGAGGCGGUUCCGGAGAUCUCCGAGGCGGUUCCGGAAGUCGCCAAGCGACGCCGGAGGUUCCCGAAGCGGUACCGGAAACUCCCGAAGUUGUACCGAAGCGACGCCGGAGGUUCCCGAAGCCGUCCCGGAAGUUGCCGAGCGGCCGUGAAGCGGUUCCGGAGAGUCCCGAGCGGUUCCGGAAGUUGCCGAGCCGGCCGGCCCUCAGCGCUCGCCCCCCGGCCCCCGUCGCCCCCGGACCCCCCGAACCGGAGCCGCCCCCGGCCCGGCCCCGCUCCCUCGGCCCCGGGGGGGCCCGGACCCGCCCCGGCCCCGCCGCCCCGGCCCGGCAGGAUGAUCAAGCUGUUCUCGCUGAAGCAGCAGAAGAAGGAGGAGGAAUCGGCGGGCGGCACCAAGAGCUCCAGCAAAAAGGCCUCGGCCGCGCAGCUCCGCAUCCAGAAAGACAUCAACGAGCUGAACCUGCCCAAGACGUGCGAGAUCGAUUUCUCGGACCAGGACGAUCUGCUGCACUUCCGCCUGCUCAUCUGCCCCGACGAGGGUUUCUACAAGGGCGGCAAAUUCGUCUUCAGCUUUAAGGUGGGCCAGGGCUACCCCCACGACCCCCCGAAGGUGAAGUGCGAGACGAUGGUGUACCACCCCAACAUCGACCUGGAGGGCAACGUGUGCCUCAACAUCCUCAGGGAGGACUGGAAGCCGGUGCUGACCAUCAACUCCAUCAUCUACGGCCUGCAGUACCUGUUCCUGGAGCCGAACCCCGAGGACCCCCUGAACAAGGAGGCGGCCGAGGUGCUGCAGAGCAACCGGCGCCUGUUCGAGCAGAACGUGCAGCGCUCGCUGCGCGGGGGCUACGUGGGCGCCACCUACUUCGAGCGCUGCCUCAAGUGACCCCGGCGAGAGAAACCCCGCAGGAAACGACCCCAAAAACAUCCCACACCCCCCCCCCCACUUCCUCCCCCCCCGCGCCGAGAAACCGAAUAAAAACCUGCAAAAAAAAAAAAAAACAAAAAAAAAAAAGACAAAAAAAAAAAAAAAAAAAACCAAACCAAAAAAAAAAACCAACAAAAAAACCCCAAGAAAAAACCCAGAGAAGCCUCGGGAAAAGAGCUGGGAAAAAAAGCCAAAAAAAAAAAAAAAAAAACCAAAAAAAAACCCCAAGAAAAAACCCAGAGAAGCCUCGGGAAAAGAGCUGGGAAAAAAAGCCCAAAAAAAAAAAAAAAAAAAAAAAAAAAAAAAAAAACCAAGAGAAAACCCAGAGAAGCCUCGGGAAAAGAGCUGGAAAAAAAGCCCCCCAAAAAAAAAAAACCACAAAAAAAAAAAACCAAGAGAAAACCCAGAGAAGCCUCGGGAAAAGAGCUGGGAAAAAAAGCUAAAAAAAAAAAAAGAAAAACAAACCUAGAAAAGCCUCGGGAAAAGAUCUAAAAAAAUGCCCAAAAAAGCUCCCAGAAAAGCCUCAGAAAAAAAACCAAAAAAGCCUCAGAAAUGCCUCGGGAAAAGCCCUGAAAAAGCCCAGAAAAGCAUCGGAAAGUGGCCUAAAAAAAUCCCAAAAA